ACUAAAAGGGCUCUGAUCUGUUUCUCCUUCGCGGUGUUUCCACAUUGGGGUUGAGCUUUAAUAGUUAGCUUUUCCCUCACUUUCGAGUUUUGACCCAUACUCAUCCCAAAAUUUUCUGCAUUUUCUGAGUUCCUUGCUCCACUAGUAAGGUAAGGACAGUGGGAACUGGGAAAGAAGUUUCUACGGUAUUAUUAGUCUUCUUAUUUAAUAUUUGCUCCUGUGGAUGUUGUUUUAGUUACAUCUUUAUAAUUUCAGACGCAUUAGCUUGGAUGUUCUAUCUCACAGAUGUUUUUUUACUCUUACACCUAUUUGGGUAUAAUAUUGAGCAAGUAUAGGCUAGAUUGUUGAGUACUGGCUAUUAUAUUUUCUGGGAUUUGACGGAGACAGAUGCUCAAACCUUGAAUUGCAUUUGAUGGGUCAUUGAAGUUUGUUGAACUGACCUUUUUUAUUAGGAUGGUGAAUUUGAGAAUACAGAAGUGGAUACUCUUUAAUUUAGGUGUUUUUAUAGCAUUAUUCUUAGGUUUACCGGGUAAAGGUUCAUAUGGUGCUUCUUUCACUCCAGUGGAUAAGUUCUUGAUUGCCUGUGGAUCUUCUAAAAAUGUCACCUUUCUUGGCCAGAUAUACAUUCCUGAUUCUCCCAGAUCCUCAUUCACCCUGAAAACCUCUGGAAAUCAUGUUUCUGCAACCACAAAUUCCACUCCCCCAUUCCCCAUAUAUCAAUCCGCUAGAAUUUUCACCGCCACGUCAUCUUACACCUUUGAUAUCAAGGAGCAUGGCCGCCAUUGGAUCCGUCUCUAUUUUUACCCAUUCCCAGACCACAACCUGACAUCUGCUUCGAUCACUGUAACCACUGAAAGUUUUGUUCUUUUGGACAAUUUUAGCUUCAAGAGGUAUAGCGGUUCAUCAUACCUCUUUAAAGAGUAUGCAGUUAAUAUAUCUUCUGAUAGUUUUGUUCUUACUUUUAUACCCUCUGAUGACUCUAUAGCAUUUGUGAAUGCAAUUGAAGUUGUUUCCAUCCCAGAUGAGUUGUUCCCUGAACAGGCACCUCUUGUUUAUCCUUCUGGGUCUUUUAAUGGCCUAUCUGGACUAGCCCUUGAAACGGUUUACCGCCUCAACAUGGGCGGUCCACUGAUUACCCCUCAGAAUGACUCCUUAGGAAGGAUGUGGGAGAAUGAUGCGAAUUACCUCCACAUAAACAGUUCUGCCACGAAUGUUUCUGUGAGCCCAAUAAGCAUAAGGUAUCCAGCUACAGUCACACCGGAUAUAGCACCGAAUUGGGUUUAUGCCACGGCUCAGAGCAUGGGUGAUGCAAACGUUGCGAAUGAGGAUUUCAACAUCACUUGGGUCUUCCAGGUGGAUCCAAGUUUCUUGUACUUGGUCAGGUUCCAUUUUUGUGAUAUAGUGAGCAAGUCUAUGAACAUGUUGGUUUUUGACCUUUAUAUCAAUGAGGACAUCGCUUUGGCUGAGCUUGACUUGUCCAACCAAGCAGGUGACUUGGAUGUUCCUUAUUACAGAGAUUUCAUCUCCAACUCCUCUUCUCAUUCUGGUGUUCUGACUGUAAGUGUGGGCCCCGACCAAAGCAGCGAUUACUACAAUGCGAUCAUGAACGGUCUGGAGAUCAUGAAGAUUAGCAAUGGAGUCGGAAGCUUGGAUGGGAAUUCAUCUGUUGAGCAUCUCCUGGGUUCCCCUCUGAAAGAAAACAGUAAGACUAAGAUGGCUGUUAUCAUUGGUGGUUCUGUGGUAGUUGGUUUGUUUGCUUUGGUGGCAUUUGGUUUGUGUUGUUUCUGCUUGGUGACGCUGAUGUCAAAAUACCGUGAGCAGGGACAUCCGUGGCUCCCACUUCCGUUGCACGGGAAUUCGUUGACUUUGAGUAAAAUGUCGAUGGUUUCUCACAAGAGCAGCGGGACAGCAAGCUGUAUAUCAUUGGCCUCUUCUAACUAUGGAAGAUUCUUCCCGUUCCAGGAAUUAACAGACGCCACUAAUAGAUUUGACGAAGCCUUGCUUCUCGGGGUAGGCGGGUUCGGCAGGGUGUACAAGGGCCAACUGGAAGAUGGAACCUGUGUGGCCGUGAAAAGAGGGAACCCGAGAUCAGAGCAAGGGAUGGCUGAGUUCCGAACAGAGAUCGAGAUGCUGUCAAAGCUUCGCCACCGUCACUUGGUAUCAUUGAUCGGAUAUUGUGAUGAACGGUCUGAGAUGAUUCUUGUUUACGAAUACAUGGCAAACGGGCCCCUACGGAGCCAUCUCUACGGGGCAGACCUUCCACCUCUGUCAUGGAAGCAGCGCCUGGAGAUAUGCAUUGGGGCAGCCCGCGGGCUUCAUUACCUUCACACGGGCGCCGCCCAGAGUAUCAUCCAUCGGGAUGUGAAAACCACCAACAUACUGUUGGAUGACAACUUUGAAGCCAAAGUGGCCGACUUCGGUCUCUCGAAAACUGGGCCUGCCAUCGACCAGACCCAUGUGAGCACGGCUGUUAAGGGCAGUUUCGGAUAUCUCGACCCCGAAUACUUCAGGAGGCAACAGCUCACGGACAAGUCUGACGUGUAUUCAUUUGGGGUAGUCCUUAUGGAAGUCCUGUGCACCAGGCCGGCUUUGAACCCGGUCCUUCCCCGCGACCAGGUCAACAUAGCCGAGUGGGCCAUGACGUGGCAAAAGAAGGGAACGCUUUAUCAGGUAAUGGACCCGAAUCUCAAGGGGAAGGUGAACCAAGCGUCCUUAAAGAAGUUUGGGGAGACAGCAGAGAAGUGUUUGGCUGAGCAUGGGGUUGAUAGACCUUCGAUGGGGGAUGUGCUGUGGAAUUUAGAGUAUGCCCUACAGCUUGAGGAGGCGGCCAUAUCAGCUCUUGAAGAGCCUCAGGAUAACAGCACCAACCAUAUCCCCGGGAUUCCACUGAGCCAGACAUUGGAGAACAGUUUAAGCUGUAUUGACAGGAUGAACUUGGCAACAGAUGAUGAUGUGGAGGAGGAUGCUGCCACCAGUGCUGUAUUCUCUCAGCUCGUGAAUCCACGUGGAAGGUGACACUCACAAAAUCACAUGGUUAAUUGUAUGCAAUCUUGACCAUUCGGUGGCAGUAAUUUUGAUCUGAGAAUAAGUAUAUGUGAUUGUUUUAUACCGGCCGGGAAAUAACAAUGCGAGGCAAAAUAAUGUAUUGCCAUUUCUGAGCCAAAGGCAGCUCCCCAUAUCGAGCCAUUAUGUUUGGAUUGUUUGCACCACACUUAUUACGAUAGUAUAUGUUUGUCCCAAAUCAGUGUUCGGUUAAACAUGUCAUCAUAUUAUAAAGAAUCUGCUCGUGUUCAAACUUCAUCCAUUCACUGGAAUAUUGUUUACGUAGCAAAUAUUUUUUCUUCAUGCUUUGUCUACUAAGUUAUUGUAAAUGAUUGUUUCAGGCUUUCAGCUAAUUCAGCAAAUAAAGUAACGACAACCUUAUUUAUUU